UCUCUGCAGGCACGCUCCCGCCGGGUGGAUUUCGAUCUGUGCAGAGAGGCAACGUGAUGGAGACGACAGGCUUUGCUGUUCUGAUUUGCGCGCUGGCAGCUCUGUCAGCAGCUGAGGCAGACUUAUUAACAGAGAGAAGACAGAAUAAACUUUCCGUAUUGGCUGCCUCUGCCUCUGCUUCGGCCUCCUCCACCUUCUUCUCCUCCUCCUCGUCCUCUUUGUCUUCGUCUUCAUCGUUCUCGUCCUCCUUUGAGAGUUCAGGCUGGCUCUGUCUGAACGGGGGCACCUCGGUUCCAGCCCUGACUUCUGGUGAACACAUGUUUUGUUUGUGUGCUGACGGCUUUGAGGGGAAUAACUGCGAAACGGUGCAAAGUGGUCACUGCUACAGGGGGGUGGGCCUGUACUACAGAGGCACGGCGUCUAAAUCAGAGAGUGGACGAACAUGUGAGGAGUGGGACCCGGACAGCAGGAGGCGGUACUUGUCUUCAGAUGUUAAUUCAGGGAGGCACAACUACUGCAGAAACCUUCACUACAGACGGCGUCCGUGGUGUUAUGUUUGGAAAAACCAGCAGCUGGUGUGGGAGUACUGUGGCGUUCCACGUUGUGCUUCUGGGUCGCUUCCGGCCCCGCCUUCGCCUGCACCCACUGAUCUGGAGCCAGCUGCAGGGUCCGCAUGCGGCCAGCGCACCAGUGGAAAGCUGAUGAAGAUCGUGGGUGGAGCAGUUGCCACCGUGGAAUCCCACCCGUGGGUCGCUGCCAUAUUCUGGCGCAGCAAAUCCAAGGAGAUGGUUUUCCGUUGCGGGGGGAGUCUGAUCUCAGCCUGCUGGGUCCUCACAGCCGCCCACUGCUUCCCUGACGGCUCCCACGCCAAAACUCGCCGCUUCUCCGUCGUCCUGGGGAAAAAUGCCCUGAAUGAGAGCGACCCCACUGUGGAGCAAACGUUCAGGGUGGAGGAGAUCUUCGUCCAUGAGGGGUUUGACAACAGCGAGGGGAACUUCAACAACGACAUCGCUCUGGUGAGGCUGAAGGCCACUCGGGGGAAGUGCGCAGUGGAGAGCAGCUCGGUAAAGACCGUCUGCCUGCCGCCUCCUCGGCAGAGACUCGAGCCUGGCGUCACCUGUGAGAUCGCUGGAUAUGGAAAAGAGAAACACGGUUUGUGGUAUAAGUCUCAGUACCUCCGAGAGGCUCAGGUGAACCUUCUCGCCGACGAUGUGUGUCGACACGAGGAUUAUUAUGGAAACAUGAUCACUGACAACAUGUUUUGCGCCGGGCGUCUUGACUGGAGCCAGGAUGCCUGCGAGGGAGACUCGGGAGGGCCGCUGGCGUGCGAGGUCGGCGGCACGCUCUUCCUGUUCGGGGUCAUCAGCUGGGGCGACGGCUGUGCGAAGGAGUUUCAACCCGGCGUUUACACCAGAGUGACCAACUACAACCGAUGGAUCGAAGAGAAGACGAGGCUGUCGUCCAUCGCUGCUGGCUCCAUGUUCCCUCAGAAGUGACUGUCAGGCUGACGAACUGUUCCUGCUGCUCUUUGCUCUUUUUCUCUGUGGCCUUAGAGGAUAAAGCUGGCAAUAUUUUAUAUGUUUUUAUUUAUCUAAUUUAUCAAAUCCCACAAAAUGACCAAAACCAGUGACGAAUUCAAGUAUUAUUUGUGCAUCCAAAGCCUGAUAUAUCUAAUUCCUAAGACUUAGACAGUCAUGCAAGCAGCUCUGUGAGGCUCUGCUAGCUAAAUGCUAAUGUCAGCAUGCUAAAAUGCUCACAGUGACAAUGCUAAGAUGCUAAUGUUUGGCAGGUAUUCACCUUUGACACUGGCUUAUUUGUUCAUAAGUGCUAAACACAAAGGAUGAUGGGAAAUUUUUAGCCCGUUUUUGCUAUAAUUUUACAGUGACUUAUAAUUACAGUGAUUUCUACAAUGACCAUGUAGGAAAUUCCAGUCCAUCCUGUGGUUGUUGAGAUAUUUCAAUCUGGACCAAAGUGGUGAACAGACCUCUCGAGUCACAUGCUAGCGUGGCUAAAAACACAUCAGUGAGCCACAAUGUUGCUGUAGCCGACAUGUUCCUUCAUUAACAUGAACACACACACUGUAGUUUAUUCUGACUCAGUCACACACACACCGUCCUGCUGCCACAAACAUUCACUACAGCACCAACUGUGGAUCCAUCCGCCGCUGAAAAUAGUCCCCAACAAAUGCUCUAUUUCCUCCUGUUUAAGCAAUGUUUGAUAAAACUACAAUAACCAGCUGUUUAGGAAAUUAUUGAGACUUUUUUCAGAUGUUUUUAAGGAGUUCAGUAUGAACCAAUGGGUGGUUUGUGACUUGGUAAAGAAAUAUCACCACUGUUGGAAAGAUCACUACAAAGUGUUCCUGAGUCCAUGUAGUAACAUCCUUUAUCCAAUCACGUGUUCUCAAAGUGGUGAACCUUUCAUUCACAACCAUGAUACUGUCACCUGUUACCAGUGAACCUUAUUUUUGAGUCACAUCAAGUCAAGCAUACACAAUACAUUAUUUUCACAAUAGAGAAAUGGAAACUAGUAGCCGCCUCGAACGGGAGGAUGAAUACAUUCAAACUACCUGACUGCAUGUUUGAAAGUGGUCAGCAAUCAUUUUAUAAUUUACAGCUAAAACCUUCAUUUACACUCUUAUUUGUUUUCUACACUGAAAUUUCAUGUGAUGCACACAGUGUUUCCUCUGCUGGAUCAGGCUGUUUCUCUGCUCAUGAGUACUGAUGUAUUAUUCUAAGACACAGGAUUUAUUUUUGUAUAUUUUUCGCAUUAUUUUUGUAGAUUUUCUUCACAGAGCUUUAUGUAGAUGUUUUUAAGAAAAUAAACAAUUGUUCUGCCUUUCUUGAGACCACUUAUUAGAAGAGCAGCCGACCAGUUUAGUGCUGAGCUUCCAUCAGGUUGAGCUAAUGAGACCCAAACUGUCACAUAUCGUAGUUUGUCGUAAAUAUCCCUCAAACCUUUGAUUGGCUUUACGUCUGUUACGAACUACUGAAUGGUUGCAGUGAUUUUUUAAUGUUAAUAUUGCAUAAUUUUGCACAUCUUUUAUAUUUUGUAGACUUUACAUAAGUUGUUUUACACCAAAGGCCGCAUUAAAGACUUGAAAUAAAUCCAAAACUGACGCAUUGUUGAUGACGCAUUUUCACACCUGUAAAUAUAAAUCAAAGUGAGAUUUUUUGAAGCAGGGAUUUUAUUGCCUUUAAUUAUCUCUCUCUAACAGCAUGUAAUGGCUCCUGUUUGCCUAUAAGCCUCCAUGAUGCUAUUUUAUAGCCUCAACUGUUGCUUUUAUGAUGUUGUAAAAGAAAAAAAACAACAACAGUGACAGACUGUUUUAAUUAAAUGUUGUUUUAAUUAGAAGAAUAAUAAAAAAGAAGCUCUGGUUAAUAAACAGGAAACACUUUCUUUAAACUUAUUGAACAGAAACUCUUUUGUUCGUCUCUGUGAGGAUUUCUGUGAGACAGAUUUAAAGCUCGGCCCAGUUUUUGGGUCUAUUAUGAACGUCCUUAAAGUGCAUCAGUGACCGGUGCUGUGUUCAGAAUCUGUAUGUUUCCUGUUGUAGUGUUGUAGUAAUUCGGCUGCAUUUGCUCAAGUAUUAUACUAAAGUGCAAAUUUGAGGUACUUGUACUUCACUUGAACAUUUGCAUUUUGUUACUUCUGCUCCACCACAUCUCAG